CCGCCGGUUAUAUUGUUGAACAGGAAACUGGGCACUGCGGGAGCAGGGCCGUGGAGCAGGCAGCACCGGACGCGGACCCCACGCGCGCGUCUGCCGGGACAAGUGGAAGCUAGGCCAGCCAGCGGGCGAAAGUUCUGAGCUCUGUUCUGCGCCGUUCCUUCAAUCUGUCCUUGGAAGUCCCGCCCACAGAGAUGCUAGAGACCUCAUCGGCCACCCUCCGCCAGCCCCGCCCAUCCAGCCCAUGGGCACCCUGAGACCCUCCCAGUCCCCGCAGGUCUAUGAGCCAAGGUUUCCCGGAGGGAGAGUAAAGUUGAGUUCCUAUCGUCCUCAGUUUCCUCGCCGUGGGAUCGCAGCGGGACGACACACAUCUCACAAUCCACGUCCCAGAAUGGAGCCUUAAGAAUGAGAGCUUUGGAGAUGAUUUUAUCCAAGUCCCCAAUUCAGAGAUGGAAAAACUGAAGCCCGGAUGCCCUGGGCAAGGGCAGGAGAGGGACUGGAACCCUUGUCUUUGAGCCCCAGGCGCGGUGCUCUUCCCGGCUGCACGGUCGGCCCUGACUUCGGCGGCUCCUCUUCUGGUUACCCGCAGGGAGGCGCGGUGGCCGCGAUGGCGGCGGACGUCGAAGGGGACGUGUACGUGCUGGUGGAGCACCCCUUUGAGUACACCGGCAAAGACGGGCGCCGCAUCGCCAUCCAGCCCAACGAGCGCUACCGACUGCUGCGCCGCAGCACGGAGCACUGGUGGCACGUGCGCCGCGAGCCCGGGGGUCGCCCUUUCUACCUCCCCGCGCAGUACGCACCGCGCCCCCUGCCGGCCUCCUGGGCAGCGCCGGCCGCUUCAAGGCCUCCAGCGUGGCGGGCUCCUGGGUUUGCCCGCGGCCCCUGGCGCGCAGCGACUCCGAGAACGUCUACGAGGCCAUCCCCGACGUGCGCUGCUGCCCUCCGCGGGAGGAGAGACCCAAGCAGGUGGAUGAUCCCCCGGAGCCAGUGUAUGCCAACGUAGAGAAGCAACCUCGAGCCACCUCGCCGCGCUCGGCUGCAGCUCCUCCUCGGCUCAGCCCGGUGUGGGAGACCCACACAGACACGGGCACUGGGCGCCCCUACUACUACAACCCCGACACGGGCGUGACCACCUGGGAGUCACCCUUUGAGGCCUCUGAAGGCGCCACCAGCCCGGCCACCUCCCGGACCUCUGUGGGCAGUGGGGAGAGCCUGACAGAGUGGGGCCAGUACUGGGAUGAGGAUAGUCGCAGGGUGUUCUUCUACAAUUCCUUGACCGGUGAGACGGCCUGGGAGGACGAGACUGAGGACCUGGAGGAGGAACCCCAGGAGCAGCUGGAGAUGCAACCCAGCCUGAGCCCUCGAAGCCCAGGACAUCAGAGGCCCCCGACUCCUGAGACAGACUACCCCGAAUUGCUGGCCAGUUACCCGGAAGAGGACUAUUCUCCGGUGGGCUCCUUCAGUGAUCCUGACCCCACUUCUCCCUUGACUGCACCCCCUGGCUGGUCCUGCCACGUUACCCCAGACAAGCAGACGCUCUACACCAACCAGUUCACUCAAGAGCAGUGGGUAAGGUUGGAGGACCAGCAUGGAAAGCCAUAUUUCUACAACCCAGAGGACUCCUCUGUUCAGUGGGAGCUGCCCCAGGUCCCGAUCCCUGCCCCUCGAAGUGUUCGCAAAUCCAGCCAGGAUAGUGACACUCCAGUCCAGGCUAGCCCUCCAGAGGAGAAGAUCAAGACGCUGGACAAGGCAGGAGUGCUCCAUCGUACCAAGACAGUGGACAAGGGGAAGAGACUUCGGAAGAAACAUUGGAGCACCUCCUGGACUGUGCUGGAGGGAGGCGUCCUCACCUUCUUCAAGGACUCAAAGACCUCAGCUGCAGGCGGCCUGAGGCAGCCUUCCAAGCUCUCAACCCCUGAGUACACAGUUGAAUUGAAGGGGGCCUCUCUCUCUUGGGCCCCCAAAGACAAAUCCAGCAAGAAGAAUGUGUUAGAGCUGCGAAGCCGAGAUGGCUCGGAGUAUCUGAUUCAGCAUGACUCAGAAGCCAUCAUCAGCACCUGGCACAAGGCCAUUGCCGAAGGCAUCGAGGAGCUGUCUGCAGACAUGCUCCAGAGGGAGGAAGGUGAGCCCGGCAGAGUUGACUUCGGGUCCAGUGAGCGCCUCGGCAGCUGGAGGGAGGAGGACGUGCGGCAGAGUGCAGCCUCACCCUCGCUGAGUCCCGGAGGCCUGGAAAGCGACUUGAGCAGGGUUCGGCACAAGCUCCGCAAAUUCCUACAGAGACGACCCACUCUGCAGUCUCUGCGGGACAAGGGCUACAUCAAAGACCAGGUGUUUGGAUGUGCACUGGCUGAACUGUGUGAGCGCGAGAGGAGCCCUGUGCCACGCUUCGUGCAGCAAUGCAUCCGCACCGUCGAGGCCCGGGGGCUGGACAUGGACGGGCUGUACCGCAUCAGUGGGAACCUGGCCACCAUCCAGAAGCUGCGCUAUAAGGUGGAUCACGAUGAGCGCCUGGACCUGGACGAUGGGCGCUGGGAGGACGUCCACGUGAUUACCGGCGCCCUGAAACUCUUCUUCCGAGAGCUGCCAGAACCCCUCUUCCCCUUCUCGCACUUCCACCAGUUCAUAGCGGCCAUCAAGCUGCACGACCCUGCCCAGCGCAGCCGCUGUGUGCGUGACCUGGUGCGCACGCUGCCCGCCCCCAACCACGACACACUGCGACUGCUCAUCCAGCACCUGUGCCGGGUGAUCGAGCACGGCGAGCAGAACCGUAUGACCGUGCAGAAUGUGGCCAUAGUGUUCGGGCCCACGCUGCUGCGGCCUGAGAUGGAGGAAGCCAGCAUGCCCAUGACCAUGGUGUUCCAGAACCAGGUGGUGGAGCUCAUCCUACAGCAGUGCACGGACAUCUUCCCGCCUCACUGACUGUGGACCCUGGGUGGCUGAGGCCAUGAGGCUGGACCUCCUCUGAGGCUCUCCACCUCCCACCCCGCUGCACUGUGACUUCUGCACCCCUCGAUUCGGAGGGUACGAUGACCCCGCUUCAUGACCCCAGUUCAUGAAAUGUGAUUUCUCCCUAUUGUAGCCCCAUUCAGGGUUUAUUAGGGCCCUUUCUUCAUUACAGCGCCCCCUGUUGUGUGAAUGCGAGACUGUGCCUGGAGGACGAGUGCUUCGGAGGGCCCUAGCUAGGAGGAGGGAUUGGAUGAAGGCAUUCUGGCUUCCACAGACCUACACCUGGCCAGGCCUUGGUGGAGACCCUGUAGGCCCCGUGCUAUGCAGGAGGUCCUGCUCUGGUCAUGAAGCAGCUACUGACAUUGUCCCUGCUGCCAGGGGAGGACUUACCCUGGCGGCCAGCCCAGGCCACUGACUGCUUGCUUCAGUCUUAUGGUCCUGUGCCACCCUGUUGCAGGCCACCGGCGAACUUUUCCUGUGCUUUUCUCUCUCCCUGGGCCACACCUGUUCUCUACAAGGGUUCUUCGUGCCCACCCCAUGCUUACCCCACACUCACUGCACCUGGUUCCAGGGAGCUGGGACUAGCAGAAGUCAAGUAACUUCAAGUUCCAAAGGUGAUCUGAACCCCUGCAAAGGUUCUCCCGACAGCAAGCCCAGCUUCCAGAGGAGAAAGUGAUUCCUAACCCCCACAGUAGCACAGCCUAUGGGCUGAGCAGAAUAAAUAUGCUGGAGUACCCUACACAAGCUAGAGAGUCCCUUAAGGCAGCAGGGAAGCUUCCACAGCUGUUCUGGGAAGAACAGCAUAAACAGAAGCCUCCAGCCCCUGCCUGAACCCUGGCUGGGUGCCUACAUGGUACCCACUUGCCAUGCGGAGCUGGGAGAGGCCGGUUGGAGAGGUCACAGCCUCAGGCAGAGAGUUGAGCAUGUGUCAGCUGCCCCUUCCUUGUGCACACACCACCUCAGCUUAUGUCGGAGCCCCUAGCUCCACCCACCCUUACUGACUCAACAAACAAUAAUAGCUAAUAUUUAUUGAGCAUUCCCACCACACCAGCCUUUUACUCGGAUUACCCCUUUGGUUUCUUGCAGUUAAUAUUUAUUGUGGACCCUCUGGGCCAGGCACUGUGCUCCUGGGACAGGGGUUCUACGCAUGCUACCUGGAGCUUUGGGCCCAUUGAGUAAGGCUGAUGCAAGCCCAGCCCCGAUGGUAGCAGGGCCAAGAAGAGAACAAUUGGAGGCCUCUUAACAUACAUCUUCAUAUUAAAAGUCUUAAGGCAACCUAACAGCUGUUAAAUAAAAUACGUUUAUUCUCCUA